AUGAAGACCUUCACUGCGCUCGUGGUGGCCCUGGCGGCGUGCUCUCUGGCCGCAGCCAAAGAGACCGCUGCUAAGGAGGCCACAGAGAAAGGUGAGGAGGGCUCCAGCCGACAGAGUCGCCUCUUCUUCCUGAGCAAGCUGCUAGCGGGACCUGCGGCACUGGCCGGUGCUGGUGUCUCCAGUCUGGGACAGUCUCUGUCCAGCUUCGGCAGUAGCUUGGGCGGGUACGGAGAGGAGGAGAAGGUUCAAGUACCUGUACAGGUACCAGUGGUUGUAGCCGCUCCUCCAACUACGCCCAACGUCAUUUACGUGGCCAAGCAGCAGAAGCCUCACAAACCACACAAAGUACAACGUAUCUGUCCCGUACCUCUCUUCACCCGCGGCUGUCCGGCCGGUCACGUUUGUGCCGUGUCUGCCGGAGGUCAGACCCACUGCGAGGCCCAGUACCCGGAGGGAGUGACCUGCCAAACGGGAUAUCAGUGCACCAGCGGGGUCUGCCGUCGUGGUACGUGCGCCAAAGAUGAUUGUGAUGCUACUGGAGGGCUUGAGAGGUGUCCGGCCGGUCAGGAGUGUGUGGCCACCAAGGUGGGUUACCGCUGCCACGCCAAGUCAAAGAGAGAUCUCUGUCCCAUGCUGCUGGAGCAGAUUGGAUGUCCGGAGAACCAGUAUUGCGGCUCAGGACCCGACGGCAACAUCUGCAAGCCGAAACUGCAGGUUGGAGACACUUGCACUGUGAAGACCCAGUGUCUCUCCGACACUUGCCGUAACAGGAAGUGCAAGGCCGACGCCUGUCCGACGAUUGACAUGUCCAUCGACUGCAUGUCCACGCAGUACUGCUCUCCGGGGGAGCACGGCCACAUUUGCGUGGCCAAGAAAGACAAGGGAUCUCCCUGCUCGUCUCGCCUGCAGUGCAAGUCCAAUGUUUGUGAUGACCGCGGCGUCUGCAUUGAGGACAAGUGCCCGCACGCCUACAUGGAGGAGCGCUGUCUUCCGACCCAGUUCUGCAGCCCGGCUCCUUACGGCAACGUGUGCAUGGACAAGAGGAAGAACAAUGAGCAGUGUCACCAGAAUGCCGAAUGCAAGUCUGGUCUCUGCCGGAACGGAGUUUGCAAAGCCAACGAAUGUCCUACUCCUUUCUCCAGCGAGGGAUGCAACCAGCUCACGCAAUUCUGCAUGACUACUGCCAACGGCAACGAGUGUGUGACCAAGCUUGCCAACCAGCAACCCUGCAUAACAUCUGCCCAGUGCCUGUUGGGAAACUGCGUUAACGGACUCUGUUCCGCCGCCGGCGCUGGAACCCAACUGGCCAACGGCGCUGCCUGCAGCAUGCCCACAGAAUGCGCCUCGGGCAACUGCGUGCUCCAGCGUUGCGCCGCCACUCGUAACGGCAUCAGCGGCGUCUGCAUGGACAACGACGACUGCCAGUCCAACAACUGCGUGAUGAACGUGUGUGCGGUGCCGGUGGUGACCCCCACCGUGGCUCCGGGCGUCACCACCACCGCGGCAACCACCUUGGCGCCAACCACUCUCACCCCUCAGGGAGGCAUGUGCACAACGAACGAGAUGUGCGCCUCGAUGAGAUGUAUCAACAUGCAGUGCGCCGCUCCUCUCCUUGAACUCGGCAUCACAUGCACCGCGAAUUCCGACUGCCAGAGCAACAACUGUGCCGGUACUCCGAUGGUCUGUACUCUGGGAACGGUGGCCACCCUGAUGCCCUGUGUGUUCGACAGCCAGUGUGCGUCAGCAGCGUGUGGAACGGUCACACCCAACAUCUGCGUGUAA